AUGUAUGAGAAUGUACGAGAAGAUUUCAAAGGGAAAGAAGCCCAUUGUAUAGCAGCUAUCCACAAUGCAUCCUGUAGAGGACCCCAUGCCAGACCAUGUGGAUAUGAUCUGAAGUCAGCAGCAGCCUAUGAAGAGCCCACACUGGAACAGAGUCCUGGCAGGAACUGUGGACUGUGGAGAGGAGCCCAAGAAGAAUCAGGGUUUCUGGCAGGAACUGUGGCGUGUGGGGGACCCACAAUGGAGCAGUCUGUUCCUGAAGGACUGUACUCUGCAGAAAGGACUUGUGCUGAAGUAGUUCUUCAAGAACUUCAGUCUGUGGGAAGGACUCACAUUGGCAAAGUUCAUGAAGGACUGUCUCCUGUGGAGACACACCAUGCUAGAGCAGAAGAGCGUUGUGUCUUAUGUCAGUCCUUAAUUCAUAGGGCUUUCAAGUUAGAAAUGAAGCAGAAAAAAGCAUCUGAUAAGAAAUAUGUUUCUCUCAGUUACUAUGAAAUUUUGUUUGCUUCUCUCAUUGCAGGUUUUGUGUGUAUUUGUGUUGGAUUGAUUGUACUUUCCUGGUUAUCAAUCCAGGAGUUAGAACGAGCUAAAGCAGAUGGGAAUACUCAUGGCUACAUGGGAACAUUUAAAAUACUCUCUGGGGCAUCAUUCACUCCUGCUUUGCAAAACAGAUCAUCAGCUGAUUUCAAAGUCCUUGCCUUUGAUGUUGAACAACUGAUACAAGAAGUUUUUCAAGCAAGUGAUCUGAAAAAUGAAUUUGAGAGAUGUGAAAUUUCCCAGUUCAAUGUUGUUGUGGUCUUCACCCUUUAUUUUAACUACAUGGUAACCGCUGAGAAAGUGAAAAAUGAGCUGGUUUUGGGUAUCAACUCAAAUAAAACUAGUCUUACUCAGACACUAAAAAUUGAUGUGAACAGCAUACAAGUCACAGAUUCAACAGAUCCCAUGAGUCUAACUACAAGCUCCCUCACACCAACUUCAGCUGAGUGUUUGCCACUUGCUGAACUUUGUGAUGAUGGUGUAACCUGCAUUAGAGAAGAGUUAUUUUGUGAUGGAGUCUUGGACUGCCCGGAUGGUUCAGAUGAAUCUGAAAAAAAAUGUGCUUCAGUUUGUGAUGGAAAAUUUAUGUUGACCGAUUCCUCUGGGUUUUUUCACUCCAUGAAUUAUCCAAAACCAUAUAAUGCAAAUAUCAUUUGCCAAUGGAUUAUACUGGUGCCUCAAGGGUUAUUCAUUAAACUGAACUUCACUUCCUUUGAAACGCAAAGAUAUGCAGACAAUUUAAAUAUUUUUGAAGGUAUAGGACAAAACAAGAUUUUAAGAGCUUCUCUGUCAGGCACUAAUCCUGAGACAAUUUACAUUUUUUCUCAUGAGGCUACAGCAGAGUUUAUAUCUGAUUAUUCUGAAAAUUACAGUGGCUUUAACGCAACGUACACUACAUUUAAUGCAAAUGAGCUGAACAAUUAUGAGAAAAUCAAUUGCACUUUUGAAGAAAGCAUUUGUUAUUGGAUACAAGAUUUAGAUGAUGAUUCAGACUGGGAGAGAAUUCAGGGUCCUACUUUUCCCCCUAUGAGUGGUCCUGAUUUUGAUCAUACGUUUGGCAACGCGUCAGGAUUUUAUAUUUCAACACCCACAGGGUAUGCAUUCGGAGAAGAGAGAGUCCGGAUACUGAGUCUGCCUUUGAACUCUUCAGAUUUAUCUUGUUUAAGCUUUUGGUAUUUCAUGUACGGUACUAAUGUUUAUUGUUUAAGAGUGAGCAUAAGUAAUGUGCAUGGUUUGGAAAAGAUCAUUUUCCAGAAAGAGGGAAACUAUGGGAACAACUGGAAUUAUGGACAAGUAACUUUAAAUGAAUCAUCUGAUUUUAAGGUUAUUUUUGAUGCCUUUAAAAGACCUGGUCUCAGUGAUAUUGCCAUGGAUGACAUUGGCCUGACAAAGGGGAAGUGUAAUGAUAGUAUUUAUGUAGAGCCGACUGAGAUUCCAGCUGUUACUACUGUCCCUUCAGUUCCCACUGACUGUGGAGGGCCAGUUGAACUCUGGGAGCCAAACAGUACCUUCAGCUCUGAAAACUUUCCAAACAAUUACCCUAAUCAAGCUUCUUGCGUGUGGUACUUAAAUGCUGAAAGUGGAAACAACAUUCAACUUCAUUUUCAGGUUUUUGAUCUGGAAAAUAUUUAUGAUGUAGUUGAAAUCAGAGAUGGCAGAGGACCAAAUUCCUUACUUUUGGCUGUAUAUACAGGACAAGACCCGUUGCCAGAUGUCUUCUCUACAACCAAUCAGAUGACAAUAAUCCUCCUUACGGACAAAUCUACAACAAAGAAGGGAUUUCUUGCAAACUUUACUACUGGCUACCAUCUAGGAGCUUGUGCAAUUGACGAGCACCAGUGUGGCAGUGGGGAUUGUAUACCAUUGCAUAACCUUUGUGACAACUUACCUCAGUGUGAAGAUGGCUCUGAUGAAGCAAAGUGCA